GUUUAUUGUGAUGUGUCCUUGUGCGCACGACCCCGCUGUAUCCCUGGCACUGGCCAGCCACUGGCCAGCCCCCUCGGGCUGCGACCGUUUAGUUUGCCACCGCGACGUUCCCAUCCUGGGAGAAUGCUGGCACGCCUUGCACGUGUCUCCCGUCCAGUGUGCUCUAGCCUGGUGAACUGUCUCUUUGAAGUACGUGUCAGUGGUGUGUGCGUUCGGGAUCGCCCUCUUGAGGGGCAGUGGGUUCCUCCUUGUGCCGUCUUUUUUUGCCGUGGGCGAGCAGGAUGGCACCGGGGAGCCUCUCCCUCUCCCUCCGUCUCCGUGGCAUCCAGGUGCUUGAUUGGGAACCCGUACGUCGUGCACAAGGCAGGGGACUACAUCAGUGAAGCGAAGGCCGCUGGAAAUGAUUGUGUCCUUGGCGACCGCGAGACGGUGGUUAACACCUACCGCGAGUACGUGUUCUUCGACGAGACCCAGGUCUACCCAGAGUAUGUCAUAAUCUACAAAAGGCAGUACGACGAGAGCAGAGUGCCGAGGACUGAGAUGCUGCGGAAGAGCACCACGGGCACCACGGGGCGCAACUGGCAGGUCCGGCUGGACAAGGGCUGGAGCAACAUCCCCGUGGACGACGUGAACCAAAAGCUCCUGCAUGCGAAGACAGAAGGCGUUACGAAGGUGGAGGUCAUGAUUGGCGAUUUCAAGUACACCUUCGACCUGGAGAAGAAGGAGCAAACCAACUGCAGCACCGGCAAUGUCAGGGCGCUGAGACCGCCGAUGGUCUCGAGGUGA